CCGCAUGGGGCUGUCCUUACUCACGAUCCAGGCACGCCGGCUUCAUGACAGCAAAAAAUUCGAGGUUUUUGACACACGGCCUUGGCUACUUGGGAUCUAUGUCCGGCUGAUUUUCCCGCCCUGGCCCAACCCGCAGCAUGGCGACGCUUCAGACAGCGGCCCAACGGCUCGGGCCUCCACGGUGACCACCACACCCAAGUUCAGGUCUACAUCUUCGUCUCUGAGGCCCUUAUCUCUGUCACCGCCCUCGUCCACUCCUCUGCAGCCGAUCGAUUCCCUUGUCCCUCGCCGCCGGGACCAGCCCAAAGAUGAGGGCCUCCGGCACCCUGCUGCCUCCCACCAGCAGCCUGCCCGGCCUCCGCUGCUCCUCCCCAGGCCACUUGGACCUGGCCAAGAUCGACCGCGCCCUGCAUGACCUGCGCGACAUCUUCUGCCCCCUGCCCCGGGCCGCCGCCUUCAGGAAGCCGUCCCUCUCGUCCAGCCACGCCGAAUACCUGUCCGUUCCCGACAGUCUUUCCUCCGGCGCGCCCAGCGGUGUAUCCACUCCCCAGCCCGCCGAUUCAGGCUACGCAUCGGGCGACGAGCACGACACCGACUCGCGCGACGGCGUCACGGACCAGGACCACGUUGCCCAACUCCGCCACGACCCCUACGAGCGCCAGUUUGCCGUCCGCUGGCUGACCAGCCUGAUCGCCCGCGCCGACGACCUGCUCUCCUACGCCGACGAGGACGCACAGCAGCGCAUCGUCGAUGAUGCUUCGUAUAUACUGGCCUCGUUCAGCAGCGCGACCAACGCCGACGAGGACGAGGACUCGGGCGAGAUCGAGAGGGACUUUUGUUUCGCGCGGGACGGGCACGAGGGCGACAAGAUCGAGGUCCGGCUGAUCGACGGUACGCCGGCGACGGGGACGGACCACACCGAUGUGGGCCUGCAGAGCUGGGGCGCCUCGAUCGUGGUCUCGGACAUGAUGUGCGCCUCCCCAGGGAGGUUCGGCCUGACGGUCGAGAAGCUGGGCACGGCCCCGCGCAUCGUGGAGCUGGGCGCGGGCACGGGGCUUGUCGGCAUCACCAUGGCCAAGCUGCUGCCCCGACUCGGCAUGUCGGGCGCAGCGGUAGUCGCGACAGACUACCACCCCGCCGUGCUGGAGAAUUUGCGUAGUAACAUCCGCGCAAACCUGACCGACAGCGACGACGUCCCCGUUGAGGCCUGCCUCCUCGACUGGUCCGACCCCUGCCUCGACCCUCCUCUUCACAUCGCUGCAGAUAUGCUCAUCGCCACGGACGUUGUCUAUGCCCCCGAGCACGCGGCCUGGCUGCGCGACUGCGCCGCCAAGAUGCUCUCGCGGGACGGUGUCUUCUGGCUCGUGGCAUCCGUCAGGCCCAACGGCCGGUUCGAGGGCGUCACCGACACGGUCGAGGCAUCGUUUGCAGACGUCAGGGAUUGUCCCAAGUCAGAAGAUGGCAGAAUGGCGCUGCGGAUAUUGGCCAAGGAGAAGCUCGAGAAGAGGAAGGGCGUCGGGCGGGGCGACGAGGUUGGGUACAAGAUGUUCCGGAUUGGCUGGGAGCAGUUGGGAUAGAGAAGAGGGCCUUCACGACGAAACGAUAGACAUGUGUAAUCUGGAAGCGAUAGAGGUAGACAUUGUGGAUACCCUAGACAUUUAGACCGGCCUCAUAGAGACAAGAAUGGCAUUUUGGAAGAGAGAAGAUGGAAGCUUAGACUAGACUAGACUCGAUAGAAAUCAAAGUUGGAAUGUGGUCGCG